UUUUUUUUUUGCAUUACGGUGCUGGAUAUACCCGGCUUCAUCCAAUGGGCGGCGUUCGGAGGAGUAAUAAGUUGAUGGGUGUGCUUUUUGCUCUUUGCGCUUUGUGUCUUAUGCUUCGCUCAUCUCGUCUUGCUCAUCCUUUUUCUCUUUUUUUUUUUUCCAGGAGGAGAUCUCGCAGCUGUAAUGUUCAUGGAUUGAUUGUUAUUUUAUACUCGAAGCUUGCGAUGGGAUCCGAGUUGCGUGCCGACCAAAUCGGCAUGGAUUUUGUAUUUCUUGACGGGACUACAGUACAGGGCGAAGGAAUGAUGUGAUAUAUUAUUAGAGGGACCAAAUAUUGACAUAUACCUUGC